CCGGUAUGUAAACACUUGAAAAUGGCUGCACUUUUCAAAAUAAUAUUUUUGCUACAUUUGUUUUCACAAAUACAAUGUGAAAAAGUUCCAUUUGAGGAAAGAUAUGUUGAUCAAUAUUUAGAUCACUUUAACUUCGACUCUGCUAAAGCGUUUGGAGAGGUUACUGGAUUUACGGAGCGGUAUUUGAUUCAAGAUAAGUGGUGGAAGGCAGGGGAGGGGCCAAUAUUUUUCUACACAGGAAAUGAGGGAAAUAUUGAAGAGUUCUGGGCCAACUCUGGCUUUAUCAUGGAGAUCGCGCCCAAGUUUAAUGCACUUGUAGUCUUCGCUGAACAUAGAUUCUAUGGCGGGUCUGCUCCCUUCUCAGAGUGGGGCCCAGAGUGGAGUUUCAAGCACCCAUACAUCGGUCUGCUUACCAUUGAACAAGCCAUGGCUGAUUAUGCUCACCUCAUAUCCAACAUCAAAGAAACAAUGAACGCAACCAAGUGUCCAGUGAUUACCUUUGGAGGAAGCUAUGGAGGCAUGCUCUCAGCUUACAUGCGGUUCAAGUACCCCAACCUGGUAGAUGGCGCCAUUGCAGCUAGUGCCCCGAUAUACCUUGUAGCAGGAAAAACUGAUCCAUAUGCGUUCUUCAAAACUGUAACAGAUGAUAUCUAUGCAGCUAAUCAAGAGAGUGUCACUAGUGCACGUAAAGCAUUCACUGACAUGGCAAAGUUGGCAGAGAGUGGGAAAAAAGGUUUAGCAGCAAUCACAAAGAUCUUCCAGUUGUGCAGCCCCCUCCAGCCAGGAGACCUAAACCAUUUGAGCUUGUAUGUGAGGAAUGCAUUCACUUCUCUAGCCAUGAUGGAUUACCCCUACCCCACUGACUUCCUAGCUCCACUACCAGCAUACCCUAUCAAGGCUGCUGCAGAGAUGCUUGUGAAUGGAAGCACACCUCUAGACGGACUUGCUGCUGCCACAGCUUUAUUCUACCAAUACAGUGAUAAAGAAAAGAAGUGUUACAAUAUCUCUGAGUUGUUCAUUGAAUGUGCUGAUCCCACAGGAUGUGACCUUGGGCUUAAUAGCCUAGCAUGGGACUUCCAGGCAUGCACGGAGGUGCAGAUUGUCCAGAGCACUAACUUUAAAACAGACAUGUUCCCUCCUUUGAAUUACACAUACAAGUCAAGGGCAGACUAUUGCUACGAUAAAUGGACAGUAAGACCAAGAGAUGAUUGGUUGGCUCUCAACCUGUGGGGAAGAAAUAUCAACCAUACAAGCAACAUUGUCUUCUCUAAUGGUGACCUUGACCCCUGGCAUCUUGGAGGGGUGUUAGAGAGUAUCUCUGACUCUGUGGUUGCAGUUGUAAUUGAAGGAGGUGCUCAUCAUCUUGACUUGAGGGCAUCUAAUCCCCAAGACCCCCCUAGUGUUAUCAAAGCCAGGCAGAUCGAGGUGGCAAACAUUGAAAAGUGGAUAACACAGGCCCGCAGGAACAAUUCCAAAUAAGGACAUUAUAUACACCAUCCAUAAUUUUACAUUCCAAACUCUUUUUUAAUGAGAAAAUGGAAUUUGUAAUCAGGAAAAAAAACAAAUAAUUCAUAAUUAGCCGUGGAUACAUGGAAAGAUGUUUUCAUCAACUGGCAGUAAUUUCUAUUCAAUCCAUGGAUACAAUCUGAUAAAUUGCAAAUGUGUAAAUGUGUAUAUAAUAUGCUAAUAGCUCAGAAUUGUACAGUAUUCAUUCAAAAUGCAAUUGUACAGUUUACAGGGUGUUUUAAAUGCUCAACAAUACUGCUGAAUAGUGCAAUACAAUAAAGAUAAAAUUG